AACCAGCGUGGGCGUCGCCACACGACGACGAAGACCAUAUAUAUCGUCGCCAAGCGAUCUCCACUACUAUAAUAUCCCCCUCGAUUCCGUCCCGUCGUGGUACGUGGCUCGCGACCAUGAUCACCAACGCCAGGCUCGUGGCGCUCGCGCUCGCCGUGGCGGUAGCGGCGGCGCUCCUGUCGUCGUCCUCGUCGCGGCGCGGCGAUGACGCGCGGGCGGUCGUGGACAUACGCGACCUGGAGCUGAUCCCCGUGGACGGCGGCGCCGCGGGGCCGGAGAGCGUGGCGUUCGGUAUCGGCGGGGAUGGGCCCUACGCCGGCGUUUCGGACGGGAGGGUCAUCCGGUGGCUCCCGGAGGAGCGCCGCUGGGUCGACCACUCCUCCGCCGCCGCGCCAGAACUACUGGAUGGUUGCAGAGGGUCCCAAGAUCCGAUGAAGGAGCACGACUGUGGACGCCCACUGGGCCUCAAGUUCAACAACAAGACCGGGGAGUUGUACGUCGCAGAUGCCUAUUUUGGGUUGAGAGUGGUCAGUCCUGAAGAUAAUGUGUCGAGGCCGCUUGGACCUCAACAUGCUGGAAUCCCAUUUAGCUUCGCCAACGGCGUCGAGAUCGACCAUGAAACCGGAGUUGUCUACUUCACCGAGACCAGCACGAGGUUCCCGAGAAGGGAGUUUCUGAACAUUGUCGUAUCCGGUGAUGCUACCGGAAGAUUGCUCAAAUAUGACCCCAUAAAAAACGAGGUGGAAGUAUUGGUCGACGGCCUGGCAUUCCCUAAUGGCAUUCUCAUGAGCGAAGACGGAUCCCACCUUCUCCUCACCGAGACCACAACCGGUAAGAUCCACAAGUACUGGCUCAAGACACCCAAGGCCUCAACACUUGAGGAACUCGUGCAGCUACCGGGCUUUCCGGACAACAUCAAGGCGAGUCCGAGAGGCGGCUUCUGGGUAGGCCUCCAUGGAAAACGAGGCAAGAUCGCUGAGUGGUCUACCACUUACCCGUGGCUGAGGAGGCUGGUCAUGAAGUUGCCCCCACGACGCGUGCAGAGGAUCAUGGCCUUCCUGAGCCGUUUCGGGCGUCACGUGAUCGCUCUGAGGGUAACUGGGGAGGGAGAGAUAACGGAAGAGUUUAUUGUCCAUGGUGCAGCGAGGGAAAUGUUUGGGUCCAUUAGCGAAGUGGAGGAGAGGGAUGGCUGCUUGUGGAUUGGCUCGGUUCAUUUGCCUUUUCUAGGGCGUUAUUGUUUAUAGAUUUGGUGUUACAGAUUGUGCAAAUUAUCGAUGCGGGAAAUAUGUGCAUAUUAGGUCGUGGAUGGUGUAAUAGAAGGACCUCAUGCACUUUGUUGCGUAGUCAUUUUUUCUGUU